UGUUAAGAAUGAAAGUUGUUUUUAUAGUUUUCCUGUAAUAUUACCAAUUGUAAAUUGAUAAAAAAUGACUUAUUACCUAGAAAUUGAUAACGCUUAUCCAGGCAAGUAUAAAACAUUGCGUAUUUUUCAUAUUCGUUUGAAAGACCUGCGAUUGUUCAAUCGCCUAGGCUGAAAGUGACUUGUUGAUAUCUUUGUUUAUAUAAUAAUACUUGUGUAUACUUGUUUGUUCAUUAUAUAAUUUACUUUCCCUUUGUGUUAAUACUGUAUCACGUGACUCAAGGCUCUAAUACACGCUCAUUUAAACCAUAUCUCUCAAGAAAUGUGAACUAUUUGCACCUAAUUAAUAAAAACUGUGAGAAAUGUACUUAAAAUCUUUAGUAUUACUUUUACUAGCAUUAAAAAGUUAUUGUGUACAGAAUUUUACGUUAGAACAAGUGUUGAUACUCAGCAGACAUAAUGUGCGGACUCCUUUGUCUAAGAACUUAGCAGAUUUUACACCAAAACACUGGCCGGCUUGGAAAGAAAAAUCUGGCUACCUGACAGCCAAGGGCGCCUUACUGGAAGGAUAUAUGGGCGAAUAUUUUGCUCUAUGGCUGAAUAAACAAGGUUUGUUGCAAGAAAAGUGUCCAAAAGAAGACAUAUUUUUUGUUUACGCGAAUACCGCACAGCGGACGUUAGCCUCAGCCAAAGCUUUCGUGAAUAAAGGGUUCCCGGGAUGUGAAGUGAAAAUUCACCACACAUCAGAGCCUAAAGAUCCAAUUUUUAACCCUGUAGUACAUAAUACUUCAGCUUUAUUUAAACUAGAAGCCAUCGAACAAAUGAAAAUGUUAUUAAAAUCGCUACACUUAAAUAGUUCUUAUGUAGACUUAGAAGAAAUACUCAACUAUAAGCAAUCAGAAUAUUGUCUAACAGAACAUAAAUGUAACUUACUCACAGAUACAAAUAAAAUCUUUGUCAACGUUGGUGUCAAACCUAAUUUGGAAGGGCCAUUAAAAAUUUCAAAAUCCGUCAUAGACUCCUUCAUAAUGGAGAACUAUGAAGGUUUUCCUAAAAAUGAGGUUGCAUGGGGACAAUUAAAUAAUAAAGAACAGUGGAAUUUAGUCUUAGACUUAAGUAAAGGAUACCAUAGUGUUAUAUUUAAUACAACAUUAAUAGCUAGGGAUUUAGCUAAGCCGUUAUUAACUUACAUGAGAGAUUUAAUUUUAGAUAAAAAAUAUAUAAUCAGUUUUCUAAUGGGCCAUGAUGCUAAUAUUUAUACAGUACUUAAAAGUCUAGAUUUUAAGCCAUAUAGUUUAAAAGGUCAAUAUGAAAUGACACCAGCUGGCGGGAAACUUGUUUUUCAAAAAUGGAAGGAUCAGAAUUCUGGAAUAGGUUAUUUGAAAGUAGAAUAUGUUUACCAGUGUACCAACCAAAUGAGGGAAGGUAGAAAAUUGUCUAUGGACAACCCUCCAGAGUUUACCCCUUUGCAAUUGGAGGGUUGUAAAACUGAUGACAGUGGAUUUUGUCUAUGGGAUGACUUUGUUGCUUUACUAAAUAGUUUGGUUGAUUAAUGAUUUAAAAAAUGUGCCAUAAUAUUUUUAGCUUUU